UUUUCGGGAGUCCCCGGCACACAUCCUGUGUCCAUGUUUGGGCAUUUACGUCAUGGCGGCAGGGCCGGGGCCUCCCGAAAUGGCAGUGGCCCGGGGAGUCGGAAGCCCUGAGCCAGCGCCGCCGCUGCUAUAUAAGUGGGGGGGCCGCGGGUUGGGGGAGCCCGGCUGCGCUUUGAAGAGGCGAGGUGCGGUUGCCCGAGACUAGUCCCGGCGAAAAAAGAGAACCCUGGCCCCAGACCUUUUUCCCAGAGGUGAGCGCCGGGAGCCAGGAGCCCGGGCACCUGGGUGUGUGCGGCGCUGGGCGCCUCGACUGCUGGCUUGCCCAUCACCCGCGCGCUCCCAAGCCUAGCGGGCGAGGCCCCCGGCGCCCCGCAGCCGCGGCCGCGCCAUGCUCCACCUUAGCGAGUUUUCCAACCCCGACGCGCUUCUGGUCAAGUCCACCGAGGGCUGUUGCGCCGAACCCAGCGCAGAACUGCCUCGGCUGCCCGCCAGGGACGCUCCCGCGGCCGGCGGCUAUCCCGGAGCAGGCGACUUCUUGAGCUGGGCUUUGAGCAGCUGCGGCGCCGGGGGGGACUUAGUCGACUCCUGCUUCCUGGAGGGGCCUGCGCCCACGCCCCCUCCCGGCCUCAGCUACAGCGGUAGCUUCUUCAUCCAGGCAGUACCCGAACACCCGCACGACCCGGAGGCACUCUUCAACCUCAUGUCGGGCAUCCUAGGCCUGGCACCUUUCCCUGGCCCUGAAGCGUCAGCAUCCCGGUCUCCGCUGGACGCCUCUUUUCCCGCAGCUUCCGAUACCUUGCUGCCGGGACCGCCGGAUCUUUACUCCCCGGAUCUGGGCGCAGCCGCUUUCCCAGAGGCGUUCUGGGAGGCCUCACCCUCAGAGGGCGCUCCGUCGCAGUGCCUGUAUGAGCCUCAGCUCUCCCCGCCCGACGUCAAGCCUGGCCUCCGUGCUCCUCCAGUCUCCCCAGCGCUGGACGCUGCCUCCUCUUUCAAAGGUCCCUAUGCUCCCUGGGAGCUGCUUUCGACCGGGGCCCCAGGGAGCUGUGGGGCACAGGGAAGCUACCAGGCCGCCCCGGAGACCCGUUUCCCUCCUUUGGGGGCCAAGGUUGAAGACCUACUGUCUAUCAGUUGCCCGGCAGAGCUGCCGGCGGGCCCGGCUAACAGACUCUACCCGACGGGGUCCUACGACGCUUUCCUGCUGGCCCCGGGUGACCUAGGGGAGGGGACCGAAAGCCUCCCUGGGCUCCUGACCCCUCCUAGUGGGGAGGGAGGGAGUAGCGGCGACAGUGGAGAGUUUCUGCCGGGUACGCAGCCUCCGCUUUCUCCGCUGGGCCUCCACGGCGCGGCGGCGGACUUCCCAAAACCUCUGGUAGCGGACAUCCCAGGGACCAGUGGUGUGCCCGAGCCUCCGGGGCCGCCGCCACCAACUCCAUUCCCUCCGGCCAAAGCUCGGCGCAAGGGGCGCCGGGGUGGCAAGUGCAGCGCGCGCUGCUUUUGCCCGCGGCCUCAUGCCAAGGCCUUCGCCUGCCCGGUGGAGAGCUGUGUGCGCAGCUUUGCGCGCUCCGACGAGCUCAACCGCCACCUGCGCAUCCACACGGGUCACAAGCCCUUCCAGUGCCGCAUCUGCCUCCGCAACUUUAGCCGCAGCGACCACCUUACCACACACGUACGCACCCAUACGGGCGAAAAACCCUUUGCCUGCGACGUGUGUGGCCGCCGCUUUGCGCGCAGUGAUGAGAAGAAACGGCAUAGCAAGGUGCACCUCAAGCAGAAGGCGCGCGCCGAGGAGCGGCUCAAGGGCCUGGGCUUUUACUCGUUGGGCCUUUCUUUCGCCGCCCUGUGA